AUGCCGCGGAAUACCCAUCCACCGGCAAACAACGCCGGACCCAAUGCAUCUCACAAAAAAGACCGAAAACGACAAGGUCGUCUGUUCCAGCAUACAGUACCUAAUAAAUACUCAAGGAUCCGCUGGGCCCCCCUAAACAUCGGCCUCGAGCGUCGCCUUCAGACCUUGGUUGUUCUCUGCCAUACGUUGACCAUUGCGCUCUUUCUGGCCUUCUUUUUCUUCACAUGCGCCAUUCCCUUGACAUGGCCCCUCCUGUUCCCUUAUCUCGUUUACAUCACCCUUUUCUCGACCGCCCCAACUUCGGGAACGCUGAAGGGCCGCAGCGACUUCCUGCGCUCGCUUCCCAUCUGGAAGCUCUACACCGCCUACUUCCCAGCAAAGUUGCAUCGGUCCGAGCCACUUCUACCGACACGCAAAUACAUCUUUGGAUAUCAUCCGCACGGGAUCAUCUCGCACGGCGCAUUCGCCGCCUUCGCCACAGAUGCUCUGGGAUUCUCUAAGCUCUUCCCAGGGAUCACCAACACCUUACUGACGCUUGACUCGAAUUUCCGUAUACCAUUUUAUAGAGAAUAUGCGAUGGCCAUGGGCGUCGCGAGCGUGUCGCGGGAAUCAUGCGAAAAUCUCCUCACCAAAGGAGGCGCAGACGGCGAAGGCAUGGGACGAGCCAUCACAAUUGUGGUCGGAGGCGCCCGAGAGUCGCUGGACGCGCUGCCGCAUACCAUGCGUCUGGUCCUCAAGAGGCGGAAGGGAUUCAUUAAGCUCGCGAUUCGCACCGGAGCGGAUCUUGUCCCCGUGCUGGCAUUCGGUGAAAACGACCUGUACGAGCAAGUGCGCUCCGACCAACAUCCCCUCAUAUACAAAGUCCAGAUGUUGGUGAAGCGGUUUCUGGGGUUUACUGUGCCUUUGUUCCAUGCUCGGGGGAUUUUCAACUACGACGUGGGCUUGAUGCCGUACCGUCGGCCUCUGAACAUCGUUGUUGGUCGUCCUAUUCAGGUUGUUCGGCAGCAAGACAGGGACAAGAUCGACGAUGAAUAUAUUGACCGUCUCCAUGCCGAGUACGUGCGAGAGCUGGAGAGCUUGUGGGACCAGUGGAAGGACGUUUAUGCGAAGGACAGGAUCUCGGAAUUGGAGAUUGUCGCCUGA